UUGACUUUCAGACUGUACAGUGUAGAAGCAAGCAACAAUGAGUGAAUUCCAAGAAGAUCAGAAGCAGUAUUCCUGGAGGUGUAAAGUAGUGUUGGGGAAGAUGAUCGUGGACACUGUGGUGGCAAAACAUCAUCGGACCAUCGAAAGAAACAGUCUUGUAGUUCUUAUCCACCUACUCUACCUACUCUCUCAGUCUACCCGUUCCUUUGGCGCACACCCAACGCCGCCUCCAAUUCCUCUUCUGCCAAUCCCUUCGGCACGGCAGCUUUUAUGGCAGCUCUCGGAGAUGGCCAUGUUUCUCCACUUUGGGCCCAACACUUUCGUGGGUUCGGAGUGGGGGUCGGGUCACGUUGACCCGUCGAUCUUCAACCCGGCUAGCCUCAAUGCCACCCAGUGGGUCUCCGUUGCGAAGGAAAAUGGGUUCACAAGAUUGGUCCUCACUGCUAAGCACCAUGAUGGGUUCUGUCUCUGGCCUUCUCUCUACACUAAUUACUCCGUCAAGUCUUGCCCUUGGAGAAAUGGGUCCGGUGAUAUAGUGGGCGAUUUGGCUCAGGCUGCCAAGGCUGCUGGUCUGCAAUUGGGUCUUUAUCUUUCACCUUGGGAUAGACAUGAGUCUGUAUAUGGCAACACUGUUGAGUACAAUGAAUUCUAUUUGGGGCAGAUGACUGAGUUGCUUACAAGAUAUGGUGAGAUUAAAGAAGUGUUCCUGGAUGGUGCAAAAGGUGAGGGCGAGAAGGAUAUGGAGUAUUAUUUUGAUGAUUGGUUCGACCUUAUCCAUCAGCUCCAACCUGGGGCCACAAUCUUCACAGAUGCUGGCCCCGAUACCAGAUGGAUAGGAGAUGAAGAUGGUAUUGCCGGGACGACUUGUUGGUCCCUUUUAAAUCGUAGCGAUGUAACUAUUGGUGGCAAUGAUUACGAAUAUAUAGGAAUGGGAGACCCUUUUGGUCGUGAUUGGGUGGCUCCCGAAUGUGAUGUUUCGAUACGACCUGGCUGGUUUUGGCAUGCAUCGGAAGCUCCCAAGACUGCGAUGGAUCUUCUUGACUUGUACUAUAAAUCAGUUGGCAGAAACUGCCAAUUGUUGUUAAAUGUACCGCCAAAUACUUCGGGUCUUAUAUCAGAUGAAGAUAUACAAGUCCUUCGAGAGUUCACCAAGCUUCGGACUUCAAUUUUUUCCCGUAAUCUAGCAAAAUCUGCUCGUUUUUCUGCCAGCAGCACAAGAGGUACAAGUGACUUCCGAUUUGCCCCCUAUAAUGUUAUUAAAGAAGGCAUCUAUACUUAUUGGGCUCCAGGACGAGAGCAAUCGGAAAUCAUAUUAUACUUGGAUUUUCAAGAACAAGUGACGUUCAACAUGUUAGAAGUUCAAGAGCCAAUCCAUAUGGGGCAGCGGAUUAUUGCAUUCCAUCUCGAUGUAUUGAACGAAUUUGGGGAAUGGCAGGAAGUAAUAGAUGGAACGACGGUGGGAUACCGGAGGUUGCUGUUAUUUCCCGUGGUUAAAACGUAUAGUAUAAGAGUUGUGAUUGACGAGUGUCGGGAAGAACCUUUGAUCUCUUAUUUGGGAUUAUAUAUGGAUCCCUAUUCUAAUCUGGAACACAAGUCUAGUUCAUGGUUUGGAUCGCUGCGCUUCAAUGGCAGCCGGGUGAGGGAAUGGCUUUCUGGUUUUAUGUAGGCCUGGCUGGAUUUCAACGCCAACGAAAAUGUUAUGUUGUUUGCAGUGGGGAAGGCUAAAGCAAAAGCAGAAUGCAAUAAGGUAUUGCACAGAAGUUUGGUCUGUCAUGGGAUGCAUUUCUUGCUAUAAAUCCAGUUUUGUUGGUGAAUGGGCAUGAAGAAGUGAAUCUAAGAAACCAAAACAACUUGUUUUGGAUUAAUCGUAGCUUCAAUGCUUCAUUCAUGAUAAUGGAAGGAUCUUUUCUGUCUCA